GGCGGGUCUGGUGGGUAACGGGCGGAUGAUCGAUCGGCGGCCACGCGAGGUAACCCGGCUCACGGCGCCUCAGUCGCGGCGCGACCUGCGUACAGAGCGGACGGUACCCUCUCGCCCUCGGGACGCGGCCGUGGCUCCCCUGCGAACGGGGCUCGCCACUCUGCCACUUCCGCGCCGACAUGCGGCGCAAUGUCAAGAUAGUGCUCCUACUGUCGUGCGCGUGGAUGUUCGUCUUUGUUUACUACUACCACACCUCGAGGGACACGAAGAACGAAAACAGAGCUUUGAGGCUGAAAGAGCCGGCCUCGUUGGCCCUUUCCGGCGGAAGUUCCGGUUCUUACGUGGACACCGAUGGCACAGCUAUGGUGAUGUCCUCGGAGCUCCUCUCCGUGCCCACCCCCGACCCGAGGGUGACCUGGAACUAUUUCGACGAGCAAGGGUACGUGUCCAGGGGAGGACUGAAAGCGGGAGAGGAUCCCUACUUCAGGAACAAGUUCAACCAGGAGGCCUCGGAUGGACUUCCCAGUAACCGGGACAUCCCCGACACUCGCAGCGCCAUGUGCCGCAUGAAGCAAUGGAGGCAGGAUUUACCCCCGACAUCGGUGAUCAUUACUUUCCAUAACGAGGCCCGCUCAACGUUGCUUCGCACGGUCGUGAGCGUCCUCAACAGAAGUCCGGAACACCUCAUCAAAGAGAUCAUCCUCGUGGACGACUUCAGCGACCAUCCCGAGGACGGCGAGGAGCUGUCGAGGAUCCAUAAGGUCCGGGUCAUCAGGAACGAGAAAAGGGAGGGGCUGAUGAGGUCCAGGGUCAGAGGUGCGGAUGCUGCGACUGCGAGUGUCCUCACUUUCCUGGACUCGCACUGCGAGUGCAACGUAGACUGGUUGGAGCCACUCCUGGAAAGGGUCGCCGAGGACCCCACCAGGGUGGUGUGUCCUGUGAUCGACGUAAUCAGCAUGGACAAUUUCCAGUACAUAGGAGCCUCCGCCGACCUGAGGGGUGGCUUCGACUGGAGCCUCGUCUUCAAGUGGGAAUACCUGAGUCAGGUGGAACGUCAGGCUCGUCAGAAGGAUCCAACUCAGGCUAUCAGGACUCCCAUGAUCGCCGGUGGCCUCUUCGUCAUCGCCAAGUCCUACUUCGAGAAGCUCGGGAAGUACGAUACGCAGAUGGACGUCUGGGGCGGCGAGAAUCUGGAGAUUUCAUUUCGAGUCUGGCAGUGCGGUGGGAGCCUGGAGAUCAUCCCCUGCUCCCGGGUGGGCCACGUCUUCCGGAAACGACACCCUUACUCAUUUCCUGGCGGAAGUGGGAACGUUUUCGCGCGAAACACUCGCAGAGCCGCCGAGGUCUGGAUGGACGACUACAAACAAUUUUACUACAACGCGGUGCCCUUGGCUCGGAAUAUUCCCUACGGAAACAUUCAGGACAGGAUGGAGCUGAAGCGAAAGCUGUACUGCAAGCCGUUCAGCUGGUACCUGAAGAACGUCUACCCGGAGCUGGUGAUCCCGACGAGCGAGGGAGGACCCGGUGGGUCCUUGAAGCAAGGAUCGGCUUGCCUGGACAGCAUGGGCCAUCUCCUGGACGGCAACGUGGGCCUCUAUCCUUGCCACGACACGGGAGGCAACCAGGAAUGGGGACUGACGAAGGACGGGCUGAUAAAGCACCACGACCUUUGCCUGACGCUUCCGGUAUACGCGAAGGGGACGACCUUGCUGAUGCAGAUCUGCGACGGAAGCGAGAACCAGAAGUGGCGACACCUCGAAGGGGGCCUUAUCAGGCACACAAGAAUCCCGGUCUGCGUGGACUCGCGUUAUCACGCCCAGCGCGGUAUCACCGCCGAGAAGUGCGACUCCUCGGCGGAGAGCCAGAGGUGGCACCUCUACAACCAUUCCCACUAGGUCCCGAUUUUCCUCGGCUGGUCAUCGUGGUGGCCACCGGAAGUGGUGGUUUAUCGCGACCCGAGGUUCAUCGGGGAUUAAGGAAUUGAAUCUCGUUCCUGGCAGGAACGCCGACUUGGUCCAGGGCGACCUGGGGUCCGGCCUCUUCGAAGGCAUCCUCGAUGGAGAUCGAAGAGGCGAGCUCGAUCGGUGCGAUCGAGAUAACCGGAUCGUGGAAGGUCUCCUGAGAAGUAUGAAGUCACCGAUAAGUGUUCGGGAUUACCGAAGGGGAAUUAAUUAAUCUCCGCUAGAUCCGAAGGAUCGCCGGAGGAAUCAUCAAAGAGAUGAGGUUGAAAACUAAGGAAUCGCUAGGAGGAAUUGACUCGCCGUGGAUGUUAUCGAUGAAAGAGAGAUCAAGUAUCAACACCUAGGGAAUGGAUGUAACGACGAUUAAGAUGGGAAUAUGGAAUGGUUAAUUGCCGAUUAAAGGAAUUGAUUAAUCGAUGCUCGGUCUCGGGAGGAGGUACCGGUCUGGGAUUAUGAAAUCAAAGAAACUGUGGAAUUGACCGCAGGUAAUUGCAAGGUGAGAUGACACCGCGAGGAAGGGUUGUAAUAACGUGAGAUUAAGGGAUUGAAAAACGACAGGAGAUUAUUCAAGGAGAUUAAUAAAGGUAAUGCGUAAACUUAAUAAAGGGGAUGCAGCGUUUUUUUUUUUCUUUUUUUUUUUACGAGUCCAUGGUGACGACGUACCGGGGAAAGGGGAGCGUUAAUCGUGGAUCAAAGAAUCGACGAGCCGAUAAGCUUUUGCUAAAAGUAUAUAAUUGUCGUCGGGAGGAGAGAGAUUAUUAAUAGAUUAAGGAUCCGCAUCUAGCAGGAUUGGAGGUUCGAUUACCCAGUAAAUCGCCAAUCGCGAAUCGGAAUUGAUUAAUUCAAUGAAGAAGAAAAAACAUGAUAGCCUGUGGAGGUUUUUUUUUCUUUUCCUAUUUUCUCGAGGUUCCAGAAAGUAUUUGCCGAAGACGUCGCCGAAGGACCCUCGACUCUCUGGGCGAGUUUUGAGGACCCCCUUUUCGACCUCGAGGGUCCUGUCGGAUAUUUACAGCUCCUGAGAGCAUGACCUCCCUCGGGGACUCUAAGAAUAGCUAGAUCCUGGAACUUACGGACCGUAUUCACCUGCAAAACGAAGGAACUAAAUCGAAACUUGUUACCAGCUCCUAUGUAAACCCACGAGCAAGAGAACGAGAGAGCCAUCCGAAUCCAUUGUCUGCGACAUCACAGUGAUCGAAUGCAAAUGCGUUUCAAGCACAAAUGUACGGUUUUGAAUGGUCCAGGUUUGCUUCUUUGAAUUUGAGAACACACUUCUUACAUAUCGCGAGUCUGGGCGAAGACUUUGCUGUACUUUCGUAUAAUUUAAGGGGAUAGUUUGCAGCUGUCGACGAAAACUGCCAUUCAAAGCCACUCCUUCCCGGAAUUAUUUUUCCACAAGUUUGCGAGGAAUUGCAUACUCAUUCGAAUGCAUAAUACGUGCAAUAGUCAAGUUACGAAAGAUGUGCGAAUUAAUUAUGUUCACCUUCCAAGAGUUCACAUCAUCGAUGCAACUGUGUUCGAUGCUUCAACACGACGAACGUUAUAAUUGCGGCCACAUGAUACGAACUACGCGCAGAGGUUUAUUUUUAUAAAUUAAUUGUAAUGGUACGCAUUACGAUUAUCCCUUAAACAUGCGAGUAAUCCAAUAGGCCGUCACGUGGAUCUCAGAUUUGUCAGAGACGACUACUUUAUUUCCAAUGCUCGUUAGUUUGUCUACGACUGAGUAAUGGGCACAAAACGAUUGUUUAUUAAUUACACUCGUAAGCACCUUAACCUCUUAACGAGGAGCAACUAUUUUGACAAAAUUUCCUUGCAGGCAUUCAUAAUUUUAUGAUGCCAGUGCACAGAAAAAAAAUUCCAUGGAAUAGUUUCCAUCGAAGUUGACCAUUUUUUAAAUUACUUUUUAAUCUUGACGUUUCACUUUCCACUCCUGUCUUGUGCUCCUCACUUUUCUAUCUAUUUUAUCCAUGGACUUUUGAUUGAACUGCUCAACGAUUUGAUCGAAUUCGAUGCACAUUCUAAUCACGAUUUAUUUAUUUUUACAAAUUUAUAAGUCUUUCAAAAUAUUGCAAAUUGUACUAGACACUUUUAGCGACUGACAUCAGAGGUUAUGUUUCCUCCUAUGCCGGCAAAAUUCCACCGUUUUCAAUUUCAAAAUGAAAUUUGCUUGUUCCCCAACUCAAUGAACUUCCUUAAUCUUCAAAUAGGUUAAAUCUAUUAAUUUUCCACUGAAAAGGAUACAUUUAACGAUUAUUGAGCAAACCGAUCAAAAUUUUGAGGAAUUGUAGUAUUGUCAUUCUAUGUCAAACCAAAACCAAUUUUUAUCCUUGCUUAAAUAGUAAUAGUCUUGAUAAACAAUAUUUCUUUUGCUCCAUCCUUGGACGGUGAUUCAAUUUUAUCACUAGAAAUUCAAGAUUUUGUAAUUUUCCUGUUUUCCUUCCUGUGCCUACUUUUCAAUAUUAAUGUUUCAGUCAUCCAGAUUUACAAAUAAUUAAAUGUACCAUCGUACGUCCUAAAGAAAAAUAUCAAUAAAAAAAGUGAUUUGAUUUGACGUUAAAUGAUGUAACAGAAAUGACUAUCUCGCUGUCUCUCCUCUUCCAAAAAUCAAUUCUGGGCAGCUACUUCAUUCUUCCUUCCAAAACCAAUAAAAGCUGUAAGCUUAUCUGUAUGUAAUAUACUGUAAUCUAAUAAGCAACGUAAUUUAAAUAUCUUAACAAUUAAGCUUCUCUUUUGUAAUGAUACUUUCCAAGAAGCGACCCAAGGCGAUUACUACAUGAAAGUACACAGGCUUUUGAUCACUCCGACCAGCAUCGAUACUUUUACAUUUUGAUUCACUAAAAGAGCACUUUUCCAUUGUUAUUAAGUUUCAGUUACAACUUUCUGCCACUCAAAAAUCAUGUAACUAGUGUUAAUCGCCUUGACCUUACAGUUGUAAAUAAUACAUUAAGUUAUGACGGUGAGGUAUUCGUACUCCAGUAAGCAUAAACUGUAAAGGUAGAUUGAAUUGAUCGACGUAAAGAAUUGAUCCGCACGUUGGUACUGAAAUUCCGCGGUAUCUGGAUACUGCACUCUGGACUUAGACUCGGAGGCAGGAUAUCGUAGAGUAGGAAAACCAUCAAUUCAGAAAAACACGAGGUAUCUGGUUGAAGGUUUUGUACUUUGUAUUUGUUCAUCGAAACGCGAUAUUAUAAUAGAGUAGGAAUGCUGUACAUUUUGAAGGGAAGCUUCUGAUGGUCAAAUUUCAAGAUAGAUCCAACAGAGGAAGUCAAAGCGAACUAUCGUUCCUUAAUGACUCUGAAUUGAGUUUUGGUGGUACACGAAAGUAUCGCCAAGCUUUACGGUAGGAUUUGAUGUCGCAACUCACUCACGAUUUUGGCUUAGGUUUCUUUCAUCCUCGAUUUUGCGAUGUACAAUAAUAGCGUAAUAUCUACGUUUAAGAACACGGUAUUCUAGUACUUAAAGGAUUAGUAGGAAGUUUUUUUAAUAAAAUUCAACAGAUCAA